UUUUUAUUUCAAGUUUUUGUUCUAGUUUUUGUUGUUUUCGUGUUUCUCUUUCUCUUUCUUUUGCCUUGUAACUUAAAGAAGAAGAAUUUUUGAGGUGAGGUUGAACUUCACGCUAAUCAUUGUUUUGUUCUGGUGAAAUUUUAGAACUUGUGGUUGCUUCUAUGAGGCAAUUGCUUUUCCAUAAAGUGAUUCAUGACUAGGUAAUGAAGGGCUUUCGUGAGAAGGUGGUGGCGUCAAAAUGUUCUUCUAAAAGUAUAGUUGAUACUUCUAAUAGAGCUUCGACAUCCUCCAGCUUAGAGCCAGGAUCUAGUGAGGUUAAAAUAUCUAAGGGUUCUUUGUUGUCGGGCUUCUUAACAUCAGCUUUCUCAAUCUUCGAAACUUAUAGUGAGUCAUUGGCUCCUGAAAAGAAGGCAGGCCAUUGUAAAAGUAAUGGCUGGGCAGCAGCUGUGAAGAGGGUAGUGACUGCUGGCUCAAUGAGGAGAAUACACGAUCGUGUACUAGGGCCCAGCAAGACUGGAAUUAUUAGCUCAACUAGUGACAUAUGGCUUCUUGGUGUUUGCUAUAAGAUUGCACAGGAAGAGUCCACUAGUAAUGUAGCUAAUAGCGAUGGAUUGGUUGCAUUCAACCAAGAUUUUUCAUCAAGGAUUCUGAUAACAUAUCGUAAAGGUUUUGAUGCUAUUGGGGAUUCAAGGUUUACAAGUGAUGGAGGCUGGGGUUGCAUGCUUCGAAGCAGUCAGAUGCUUGUUGCUCAGGCAUUGCUUUUUCAUUGGUUGGGAAGAUCUUGGAGAAAGUCUUCUCAGAAGCAGCCAUUUGAUCUUGAAUAUCUUGAGAUCUUGCGCCUUUUUGGUGACUUUGAGUCUUCACCUUUUUCUAUUCACAAUCUUCUUCAAGCUGGAAAGACUUAUGGUCUUGCCGCUGGGUCAUGGGUGGGUCCAUACGCCAUGUGUCGGACAUUGGAAUCUCUAGCCCGAUGUAAGAGAGAGGAAACUGGUCUUGAGUGCCAACCACUUCCCAUGGCUGUCUAUGUGGUUUCUGGUGAUGAAGAUGGAGAGCGUGGUGGAGCUCCAGUAGUCUGUAUUGAAGAUGCCUCUAAACAUUGUUUCGAGUUUUCAAAAGGUCAAUGUGACUGGACUCCAAUUCUUCUUCUUGUUCCUUUGGUUCUUGGACUUGAAAAAGUAAACCCCAGGUACAUUCCAUCAUUGCGGGUAACAUUCACCUUCCCUCAGAGCCUUGGCAUUAUGGGUGGGAAACCUGGUGCCUCAACCUACAUUGUCGGAGUGCAAGAAGAUAGUGCUUUAUACCUUGAUCCCCAUGAUGUUCAGCCGGUAGUCAAUGUCAGCAGGGAUAAUUUAGAGGUGGACACUUCAUCUUACCACUGCGAUGUUGUGAGGCACAUUCAUCUGGACUCGAUUGAUCCAUCUUUGGCAAUAGGGUUCUAUUGUCGAGACAAAGAUGAUUUCGAUGAUUUUUGCAACCGGGCAUCCAAGCUAGCUGAUGAAUCAGAUGGCGCUCCCUUAUUCACUGUAACUCAAACCCUUAAAAAACCAGUCAACCACGGUGAUGUCUUGGAUGAUACUGGUGGGGUUGGAGAGGAUGAUUCCUUGGGUGUAGUGCCCAUGAAUGAUUCGGACGGCAAUGCACACGAGGAUGACUGGCAAAUCCUUUGAGUGGAAAUUACUGGAAUUUGUACAUCUUGUAUUGGUGUCACUGCUCAUCUUGUAUUGGUGGUGGUGGUGGUGGUACACCCAAUUCAGCUGGCUCGGGGUUCUGUUCAUCAUCCUGGAAUUUGUUAAUUUCAUGUGUAGAAAAUUAUAUUUAUUAUGAUUCUUUUCUCUUUUAAUUACUUUUCAAGUUGUUCAUACAACUCACCAAAAAUAUUCAUGUUGUAAGAUAAAUGCAAAAGAAUUCCAAUUUAGAUAUGGUAGUUCACUUUACUAUAUUGCUGCUGAUCCUUUAUA